UUGAGUAAUUUUCUACAGAGGGUGACUUCAGAUGCUUUAAACACCAUGAACUUCCUUUUGAUGUUGACCUUGAUUACAGCCAGCAUUCUACUUUCUAAUGCGAUGCAGCCUCUUGGCGCAGGUUACAACAGCCACUGCAUGUGUUUGAAACUUGAGUCGAGGGUAAUCCCAAAGGACAACCUCCGAAGUGUGGAGAUCCUGCCUAGAGGUCCUCACUGCAAAGCUACAGAGGUCAUUGCUGGUUUAUGGAGUGGAGAGAAGAUCUGCCUGAACCCCAGAACACCAUGGGUUAAAAAACUAAUUCACUUUAUUGAGAAAAAACGACGAGGGAUCAUGAAAGAAUAAAGGACAUUUUAUCUUUUUAUCUUUUCUAACUGACAUUACUUUGCUUCUUAUUGCUCUCUAGACACUUUGUAUGUUAUUCAUAUGGUAUCACUGACACCUCUGUUGUGGUUAAUAAGACUUAUGGGUUCUUUCUAAAUAAGUUUCAAGAACUGAUAAACAUGUAUUUUGUGUAGAACUAGUAUUUUAUUCUUUAUCUAGAAAUGUAUGUUGCAACAUCACACAGACAUCUGGUUUCCAUAAAGUCUCCUUUGUUGACAUCACUUAAAAUGGGAUAAUUAUCAGAUACUGCACCCCCUACACACGUACAAACAAAUAGCAGAUCUACAGCAAUACCAUCUGAGAACUACAACUUUACACAAUGGUAAGACACUAAAGAGAAUGUAAAUACAGCACACUUCGAUAGUACAGUUAACUAAAAACACCACCCAAAACCUGUUUUGCACACUUUAAGGUAUUCAGUCCAACCUCAGUCAGUCCUUACCCAGCCAUAAUGCAUGCUGCGUACCACAAUAUGGAUGAUUGUUGUGUUUUUUAAU